AUGCGUCUCCCCAUCAGCACGGCUUUUCUUCUGGCUUGUUUACCAACGCUUGCCCUGGCACAGCACGCGGGAGCAAAUACCACGUAUCCGUCCGCCACCGAGAUUCUAGAGCUACUUCCUCCCUGCGCGGCCAAAUGCCUGACGGCCAUUGUACCGGGCUCUGUUUGUUCAUUGACAGACGUGCAGUGCAUCUGUACGAGCCAGCCAAUUCAAGAUGCGGCCGAAAAGUGCAUCCUAAAAGACUGCCCUUCGUUGGUUGACGCUCUCUCUGCCAAGAACAUCACGGCUACGUCGUGCCAUGCCCCGGUUCGUGACCGGUCCGGCCAAUACGUUGCCGUAUCAAUUGCUCUGGGGACAAUCGCGGUCCUUUUUGUAGUUGCCCGGUUAAUCUUUAAACAAUUCUUCGCUGCAAACAUGGGCCUGGCGGCCGACGACAAGGUCAUUCUGGUCACGCUGGCGAUUCGCAUCUCCUGCAUCGUCAUCAACGUCAAGGGUCUAGCAGCCCAUGGCUUGGGCAAGGAUACGUGGACGCUUCCGUCGCACGAGCUGACGUCGUUUGCAGAGUAUCUGUACAUCAUGGAAGUCCUCUACCUUGCGGAGCUGUCUCUCAUCAAACUCAGCCUGUCGCUCUUCUACGUCCGCAUCUUCCCUGGUACGACUAUACGGAGAUUGCUCUGGGCCACCGUCAUUAUCAACCUUCUUUACGGGACAACCUUUGUCAUCACGGCGAUUUUCCAAUGCACGCCAAUCGCCUACUUCUGGACGCAGUACGACGAGGAGCGCGCGACGGCAAGGUGCAUCAACAUCAAUGCCUUUGGCUGGGCCAAUGCCGCGAUUAGCGUUGCUCUGGACAUGUGGAUGAUCAGCAUGCCGCUGAGCCAGAUUCCAAAGCUGAGGCUGCACUGGACAAAGAAAUUCGGCGUGUCCAUCAUGUUUUUCCUCGGAGCAUUCGUGACCAUCGUUUCGAUUCUAAGACUGAGCUCGCUCGUCUCGUGGGCAAACUCAACCAACCCAACCUGGGACCAGUGGAAUGUCGUGUACUGGUCAACCAUCGAAGUCAAUGUCGGCAUGAUUUGCACGUGUCUCCCGUCCAUUCGCCUCAUCAUGCUGCGAGCCUUCCCCAACAUGACGCGAUCGCAUCCCACAUACGGCAGCAACUCCCUCAGCCACCACACGAGUGUGGCUCGGGAGGGACGCUACAAGGAUCAUGAUACUGAUGUCAUCUUUGGUUGA